UAGCAACUUGCACGGCCGGCCCGGCAGCCUACGAUAGCAACGGCCGAAAUCCAGGGCGACCGGGCCCCACACGGAGCUAUUUCUUCCGUGCAUCUCAGAAUUCGAGACCAAUCCGAUCGCAGCAGCAUCAGCAGCAGCAGCCAACAAACAAACAUACCUCCACUCAUUGGAGAGCCGCUGCUGCUCGCCGGCCCUCCCUCGGUUCCCCAUUUCUCCACCUCGGAGCAGCCGAGCCGACGCCUCCCUCGCCGCCAGCGUCUCCGUGACCGUAACCCACCAUGUCGGGGAUGAAGGACGCCAAUGCUGCUGGGCAUGAUAAUGUUGGAAAUUCUGAACCUAUGGACCAAAGUGGAGAUAAUGCCAUGCCAUCGGCUCAGCAACAGGAACAAGUAAUCAAGAAGAAGUUUGGAGGACUAAUUCCUAAAAAGCCACCGCUCAUCUCAAAGGAUCACGAGCGGGCCUAUUUUGACUCUGCUGAUUGGGCUCUCGGAAAGUCUGGACAGCAAGGUGUUGCAAAACCCAAAGGACCGCUCGAGGCACUCAGGCCAAAGUUGCAGCCCACACGACAACAGCAACAGCGUUCAAGGAGCUCUAUCUACAGUUCAUCCGAAAACGAGGAUGGAGAUGGCGCUGGGUCGGAGGACAUGAAUAUCAACUGAUCAACAGCGUGGAAUCUCGUGUUGUCGGUGCGAAGGGGCCUCGUCGUCUAAAGAAGCAGCUUGCUUUCAUUGUCUGUGGACCGCAGGGAAGGGAUGUAUGCUUGCGUCCAUAGAUAAGAAAAGAGACGGUUGUAAUUUCAAGGACUGCGGCUGCGGGUUUGUACUUCAUCGAACAGCUACCUUGCUAUGUGCCCAUUAUAGACUGGACCAUUGUCCUAUUUGUGAAUGGAUAUCUCUGUUUUUGAAUA